UCCGGAUUUGAACCGGAGACCUCUUGAUCUGCAGUCAAAUGCUCUACCACUGAGCUAUACCCCCUCUGGUUUACCUAAGCAGAGAGUAGGAACAGACAGGUGUGCCGGCCUGUAGAAGGACAGCCAUGUUUCUAUCUAAGCGUUAUGUCAACCAACAGUUCCCUUUUUACACGCUGCAAGAACAAUACAGGCAGUCUCCUGAUUGCCAACAAAUGUGAUUAGUCGGCAUUGUGUAACCAUGGCAAUAUGGGCAGGGUGUGCUCAUAAUGUAAUGUGAGGCCCAACCCGGAUAGGCCAUUUGCCAGGGGUCUGCCAAUCAGAUUACAGGGUCCCAGUUUGCAACAGAACAUGAAAAAUGACAAGUAAUGAAGGCUGUUCAUGGACACACGGGGCACAUUUUCUCUGGUUGACUUCCUCUCCAGUCUGGAACUCGUGCUGUUUUAUCUCUGGCUCUAUCUAACUGGAUGAUCAUAUUUAGAAGCUUUUACGAAUGCUAUGCCAAAUGUUAAUGACUGUCAUGCUCCCUUAGAAACAAGGUUUUCCAAGAAAUAUGUCAAGAUAAGAUAUUUUGGAGCCACUCCAUUAAACUUUUUUUUUUCUCUCUCUCUCUUUCUCUCUGUUUUUCUUUCCGUCCAACUUCUCUGUUUCCAGGGAAAGUAUGCCAAGAGGAAGAGCCGAUUUAAGCGCUCAGAUGGAAGCACCUCCUCUGACACCACCUCGAACAGCUUCGUCCGACAGGGCUCUGCAGACUCCUACACCAGCCGCCCGUCAGACUCAGACGUGUCCCUGGAGGAGGACCCAGAAGCUCUGAGGAAGGAGGCAGACAGACAGGCCCUUGCCACGCUCGAGAAAGCAAAGACCAAACCUGUGGCGUUUGCUGUGCGGACAAAUGUUGGUUACAACCCCGGCCCCAGUGAUGAUGUACCUGUGCAGGGCAUGGCCAUAUCCUUUGAAUCCAAAGACUUCUUACACAUUAAAGAGAAGUACAACAACGACUGGUGGAUCGGUCGUCUGGUGAAGGAGGGCUGUGAGGUUGGCUUCAUACCCAGCCCUGUCAAACUGGAGAACACCCGUCUGCUUCAGGAGCAGAGGAUGAGACAGAACCGACUCAGCUCCAGUAAAUCUGGAGGAAGCUCCAGUCUGGAUGUUGCCACUGGCACCCGCAGGCCCACCCCUCCUGGCACAGGUGGCCCAGCUAAACAGAAACAGAAGUCGAUGGAGCAUGUCCCCCCCUAUGACGUGGUUCCCUCCAUGAGACCCAUCAUCCUAGUCGGGCCGUCGCUCAAAGGCUACGAGGUGACAGACAUGAUGCAGAAAGCGCUCUUUGACUUUUUGAAACACAAGUUUGAGGGCAGGAUAUCCAUCACACGGGUGACAGCAGACAUCUCCCUGGCCAAACGUUCAGUCCUCAACAACCCCAGCAAACACACCAUCAUCGAGCGCUCCAGUACCCGCUCCAGCUUGGCGGAGGUGCAGAGUGAGAUUGAGCGUAUCUUUGAGCUGGCUCGCACCCUUCAGCUGGUCGCUCUGGAUGCGGACACCAUCAACCACCCCUCUCAGCUGGCUAAGACCUCCCUGGCUCCCAUCAUUGUCUAUAUCAAAAUAGCCUCACCUAAGGUUCUCCAGAGGCUCAUCAAAUCCAGGGGGAAGUCCCAGGCUAAACACCUAAAUGUGCAGAUGGUGGCAGCAGACAAGUUGGCUCAGUGCCCACCUGAACUGUUUGACAUCAUCCUGGACGAGAACCAGCUGGAGGAUGCUUGCGAGCACCUGGCUGACUACCUGGAGGCCUACUGGAAGGCGACACACCCUCCGAGCAGCAACCCGCCCAAUCCUCUGCUCAACCGCACCAUGGCCACGGCAGCCCUGGCUGCCUCUCCUGAACCCGUCUCCAACCUGCAGGUACAGGUUCUCACCUCCCUGCGCAGAAAUAUGGAUCUGUGGCCUGACAUGGACGGGCCUGUAGCCAAUGAUGAAAAAGUGGAAGAACACACUCUCUGAAGUCCAGCAGAGAGAGGAAAGGGAGGACUCUGGCAACUCAACCUCAACCAAAACCCAGCAGCCUGAUCUCUUUACCCUGAAGGAAGAAUGCAUUAAAACCCUGUUUAUGCUGUAUAUAGAAACACGACACAAAUGAGAAGUCACGACACACAUUCACGCAAAGUUUUGAGAACAUCCACAAGUAAAAUUAUAUAUCCUAGCAGGUGAGCAUUGCCUUCCCUGCACUUAUAUAACUGUGAGAGCUGCUCAACUCAGUCCACACUGGACUUAAGGAAUAACCCAUAAGGCACCUCUGCCCCGGGGGCCCCCUCCAUCUUGCUGUAAUCAAGAGUAAAGUGAUAUCUCCUGCCCCCACCCUGUCCUCUUUAGCUCCCUGGCCUCCUUUCUCCAGCACUUUUUCUUCUCUGGGAGGCUGAAUCUAGUUUGCUGUCCUCCUCCGUGUUGCCAUGGCACCGCCCCUGAAAACAGCAAGUCAUGUCCGCCUCUUCAAACAGAAGUGCUUAGUUUGGCAGAGGCUGUUACUAACACUCUGUCCGAUUUCAUUUGUUAUCAUUUCGUAAUGAUUUUAACAGAAAAAAUACUAAACUGACUAUGUCUUUAUUCCCAAGUUACUACUGGUUACUCAUAAAUUACGAUGUGCUCCACACUUAACAAUGAGCACCAAAUAGCUUGAAA